GGCACAUUGACCUUUGAAGAGAUGUGCACACUCAUGACCCAGAUAGAAGCAGUAUUGAAUUCACGACCUCUAACACCAUUAUCGGAGGAUCCGAAUGACUUCCAGGUUUUAACUCCAAGUCAUUUUCUUAUAGGGGAGACUUUAACCACACUUGCAGACAGUAGUGAAAACCAUUGUUAUCACGGGGUGCGGGACCACUGGAAAGCAGUGCAAAGAAAUUCAAAGGAAUUUUGGAAGCGCUGGUCACUGGAGUACCUAAGCGAACUUCAGAAAAGAGUCAAGUGGCAAAGGCCACAAGAUAACUUACCCCAAGGGAGUUUAGUUCUCCUUAAGGAAGAAAAUCUUCCAACAAUGACUUGGAGAAGGGGCAGGGUUGAGAACCUCAUCAUCGGAAAAGAUGGAAAAUGCAGGAUGGUAGACGUAAGGACCAGCACUGGAAUGACAAAAAGAUCAAUAACCAAUGUUUGUCCUUUUCCUACGGAAACGGAAAGAAAUAUAAGUAAAAAUGAGGAAUCCCAUAAGAAUAGGAAUGUAAGGCAUAAAAAUAAAAAUGUUCUAAUGACGAUGUUAACCUUUUUAUUAGUACUACCACUCUACAAUUGUCAAGUAAUUAUAGAAAAAUUUAGGGACAAGUCAGGGAUAUUAAUAGAGAGGCAAGACAGUUUGGGUUUGACGAAGACAUCAUGGGAAAUAAUCAUCCACGUGAACAUGACGGAUUAUCAGCACCAAAUACAGCUUCUAAUGGGAACACCCUCGGCUCUACAAAAACUCGCCAAGCUACUGGACAAGGGAGACUCAGAAUCUCAAAAGGUAGUUGAGACCUUAGUUAAUCAGGUCAUUCAUCGCAUUAAAGAAGUCAACCAAAAGGAUGCAUUGAUGAGAUUUAAUGGAAGAAAUAGAGCAUCUAGGUCUAUACUGCCAUUCGUUGGAAGCGUGUAUCAUUCAGUGUUUGGUCUAAUGGAUGAAGAACACGCAGAUGAAUUGGUGGCGACAAUAAAAAGGACCCAUAAAAAUGAAGAAUACUUGCUUAAGCUAUACCAGAAUCAAUCCUCCAUUGAAGACAUAACGCAAGAGGUUUUGAAGAAAAAAAAUGAAAAAGCGGCUGAAAAUGAAUUAGCAAUGGAAGGCUUUCAAAACUAUAUAGCAAGCAUUAACAUUGCAAUAGAGUCAAUAGAGCAACUGCAAGGAGAUAUUACGGAUUUGAUUUGGAACUCAAAGGGAAAUUUCAUGAAAAGGAUUUUACCUAUCGACAGAUUCCAAACCCAAAUAGCAACAAUUACGGCAAAUUUAAAUGAUGACUUACAAUUGCCAGAUACCGACCCGUUUGAGCUAUCAAAAAUAUCCCGGGUCACAGCCACUAUAAACCAAGGCUUCUGUUUAGUGCGAAUUCAAAUACCACUUAUACAAAGCCAACAGCUACAGUUAUUUGCAUUGACCAGUUAUCCGAUUCUGCACGACGGCUACUUCAAAGUGAGAAGAAUCACGCUGUGUCCCCAAAUUGGACCACUCUACAAUGUAAGAAAGGACCAGUCGUGCGAACUAGAGCUAUUCUUUAAUUCGAAGCAAUUACCAUUAUCAUGUGUGGUGAAUAUAAUGCCUCUGCAAGAAGUUUGGUUGCAGCUUAAAUCCUCAAAUAGCUGGCUGUACUCCGUCCCUGAAGACACAAAGGCAGAAGUCAGUUGCGGCAGCUCUUAUACGGCACAUAUUUUAGUUGAGCAAGGCAUUGUAAAACUGCAACCUGGCUGCCACUUAACAACCGCGAUAGAGUUUACCGCUCAUGAAGCACAUUACUAUAAAAGGGACUAUGUUGACAUACUCGAUUCCGGACAUUCCGCGGCCACCAGCCAUUGUUGA